AUGAUUUAAAAAUUUUAAGAGGUUUACGAACAGGCUAAAAAUAGUGGUGCGGUUUUAGCUAAAUGUAUAAACAAACUAGAUUUAAUGGGAAGUUUAAAUAUAGAUUUUAUGGGUCACAGUUUAGGAACUGUAGUAGUUGCCUAUGCUUUGAAGAAAAUAUCUAUUUCUGCUAGAUAUUUAAUGCUUUUUGGAGGAGCUGCAACAACACAAGAAAUUGAAGACUAUUAGCACACGUUUUAAAAGUGUUAUAAUUUCUAUUCUGAUCAUGACAAGGUGAUUUAAAUAUUUCUAGAAUAUGCAAAGCUUAUUGGUGAUUAAGAUUUUAUAGGAGUAAAAUCAUUUGGCUAAAUAAAAGAUAAAUUUUUUAAUUUUAAUACAAAAAUUGAUCACAUUAAUUAUUUGAUGAAAUUUGAAGAAUAUUAUAAUACUGCAAUGGCAUAAUUUAAUAAGUCUUCUAAUAGUAUAGAUCUUAUUGAGAAACCAAAUAUAAUGAAAAUAGGAUUUGGAGGAUUAUUACUUUAUUUAUUAUAAAAAAAUUCUUAAAGUAAUUAAGUAUCUGUAAUUUAUCUGUUUAUUCUCUACAUAUACUAUUUGUUUUAAUGA